AUGAAAUCACUGGAAUCACUGGACCUAUCAAGGAACAAACUUUGUGGGCAAAUUCCACGGAGCCUAUCAGAUCUUACCUAUUUGGAAUCUUUGGAUUUGUCCUACAACAAUCUGUCGGGAAGAAUACCAUCAGGAUCGCAACUUGACACUCUCUACGCCAACUACCCAUAUAUGUACAGCGGCAACGUUGGUCUCUGUGGGCGUCCCCUCCAACGGAAUUGUCCAGGAAAUAAUAAUGCAACAAAGCUAGUUGAUGGUGGUUCCAAGAGAAGUGCACAUGUGUCUGAUUCAAUGUUCUUUUACCUCGGGCUUGGGUCAGGGUUUGUCGUUGGCCUCUGGGUGGUGUUUUGUACCAUGCUCUUCAAGAAAACAUGGAGGAUUGCAUAUUUCCGGCUCUUCGACAAGGUAUAUGACAAGCUAUAUGUAUUUUUGGUCAUCAGUUGUGCAAAAUUGGCACGGAAGACACCACAGCUAAUUGAGAAGCUUGGCUAG